CAGCAAGCAGAAGCCCACCAAAACUUCAUAUUUAGGGAAGAAAGGAGCCGCCUUUGAUGGAGGAGGAGGAGAAAGAAAGAAGAAUGGCUUCACGGGGGCUCAGCAAGCCUUGUAUUCUUGUCAUUGUGGUUGCGAGCGUGGAGAGGUUUGCUUAUAAGGGGGUUUCAUCGAACCUGGUGACAUACCUGACGGGCGGCAAUGUGAAGAUGAGCGCUUCGGAGGCUGCAAAGACCGUCAGCGGCUGGAAUGGAGUGACGUCGAUGCUUCCGCUUGUUAGUUCCAUGCUUGUUGAUGCGUACUGGGAUAGAUAUUCCACUAUCACUUCCUCUUCCCUGCUUUACAUUAUGGGACUUGUGGGAUUAACAUCAUGGGCACUACUAGAUACAUGGAUGCCAAUCUAUACGCUUUUUCUUCCACUCUACUUGAUCUCCAUAGGCCAAAGUGGGUACAACCCAUCCUUACAAGCUUUUGGUGCAGACCAGCUGGAGCUUGAGGAAGAUUGCAAAGAAGAGGAGAAAGCCAACAAAAAGAGCUCUUUUUUUCAAUGGUGGUACUUCGGUAUCUGCACAGGGAGCCUCUUAGGGAAUUCAACCAUGUCUUAUAUACAGGAUAACUUUGGCUGGGGGCUUGGCUUUUCGAUCCCUGCGGCAGCCAUGGCUUUAUCUGUUACUUUCUUCUUGUGUGGCUCUCGUUUCUAUGUCCAAAGAGAGACUAAAGUUAGGAAAAAAUGGCUCUAUGGCGUUGUCAGAGCAGCAAUGGGGUCUAUUUCAAAGUUUGUUUCUCCAAAGAUCUCUUUGCCUUCACAAAAUGAUGAGUUUGUGGAGCUUGAAAUGCAGCAGAAAUCACUUCGAGUUGACUUCCAUGAAACUUCAGAUCCAUUUGUUCCAGAAGUCGAAAUAUCUCCAAACAUUGCAAAAGUGAUUCUAAAGCUAUUGCCUAUAUGGAUAGUGCUGCUCAUGUUCGCAGUCAUAUUUCAGCAACCAGCCACAUUCUUCACUAAUCAAGGCAUCGUCAUGAAACACAACAUCGGCAACAGAAUCGUAAUCCCUCCUGCAAUGCUUCAGAGCGCAAUAACUAUCUCAAUCGUAAUGCUGAUGCCUCUAUACGAUAAGCUCAUAAUCCCCUUAUCUCGCUUGAUAACACGAGAUGAUAAAGGCAUUACUGUGCUUCAGAGGAUUGGAAUCGGCAUGCUUCUAUCUAUUGUCGCCAUGGUGGUGGCAGCUUUGGUUGAGAUGAAAAGGCUUGAAAUUUCGAACAGAGGAGGGAUGCUUGAAGAACCAGAUUCAUUAAAGAAGCAGCUGAGCAUCUUUUGGCUGCUGCCUCAGUACAUUCUGUUGGGAGUCUCUGAUGUGUUUACAGUGGUUGGGAUGCAGGAAUUCUUCUACAGUCAGGUGCCGAAGAAGAUGAGAACAGUGGGGUUUGGGCUCUAUCUCAGUGUGUUUGGUCUGGGAAGCUUUGUGAGUGCUUUUCUGAUAUCAAUGGUGGAAAUCUUCACUGCUAGUUCUGGGAAGGAUUCGAGUUGGUUCUCAGAUAAUAUGAGGGAAGCUAAGCUUUAUAAUUACUACUGGCUUCUUGCUUUGCUGGCCUCUUUGAGCUUCCUCAUGUUUGCUUCUCUAUGUAAGUUCUAUGGUGAUGGAACUGCUGUUGAUGGUUCUUCGGAUGGAGAUAAAAAAUGAGGAGUAGAAAUUUUAUGUUCUUUAGAGCUUUGAUUCUUUGAGAGUGUUGCAGCUGAAAGGGGUAUAAGACGAACGAAGUUAUAGAUAUCUGAUCUGUUGGAUUCAAUGCACUUGUGUAUAUUUUUUUGAAUGUAGACUGAUGUGACUGUAUUAGAGGCUGCUGUUGCUGGAGAUGAUGAGCAGUAGGUUUAAUAUUGGGUCUUGUAUUUAUUUUUUAAUGGUUUGUAAUUUUCUUUUUCUUU